GUGUUUUUCGGGGUAUCCUACUAAUCGGACGGGCUCCCCACGGGAACAGAUAGACGUGCAUGCAUGACAGAUUGUUAUGUGGCGGCGAUCGCGCUUUUCCACCGCGGCUUUGUGUCUGUCGACUGCCACCCGCGCCAACCUUUCGCGCCAUAAAAAGUGCACCCUCGGCAGCUCACUCCACAUUCUUCCCCCGGCCUACCUCCCCACUGUACCCUGCUCCACUCUGCAGCAAGUGCAACGACACAAGGCAGAGAGGAGAGGAGAGCUAGCUAGAGCGAGAAUUCAGGAGGUGUGACGCGAUCGAUGCCGCCGCCGGGCUCCUGGUUCUACAAGCUGCGGCGCGGGCGAGGAGGCGACGCCGGCGAGCCCCCCGGAAGCGAUCGUGCCCCGGCGACGGUGGAGACAACGCCGACGUCGUCGGUGGCGUCGUCGCGGGGGGUGCCGGUGCCGCCUCCGUGCACCCCGAACAGGGCGUCCUACUAUGUCCCCAGCGGCGAGCGGGGGGCUGUCAAGGGGAUCCCACCCAAGCGCCGGGACACGCAGUUCCCGCGCAGCCCGCGGGAGACCGACAUCGUCUUCGACGUGGUCACCGUGUCGCGGGCCGCGGCCGACCGGUUCGACGGGCUCAACGCGAUGCCGGAGCUCAAGCUGCGGCCGAUCCUCACCAAACCGGCCGCCGGCAAGAAGGCGGACGGGGAGGGGGAGGCCUCGGGCAGCAGCAGCGCGUCGCCGACGGCCAGGGCGCGGCGGCGGCGGCCGCGGGUACACGCGAAGCCGAGCGGCGGGCGGAAGGGGAGUAAGCCGGUGGACGCGCAGCCCGCGGCGACGGCCACCGCCAUGCCGGGGAGGCGCCGCGCCAGGCGGCGGCGGCGGCGGUGGCUGCAGGAGACCCUGCUGGUGGUGAAGGAGUCGGCGGACCCGGAGGAGGACUUCCUGGCGAGCAUGGCGGAGAUGAUCGCGGCCAACGACGAGGUGCGCGCCUCGCCCCGGGGCCUCGAGGAGCUGCUCGCGUGCUACCUCGCCCUCAACGCCGCCGAGCACCACCGCGCCAUCGUCGCCGCCUUCCGGCGCGCCUGGCUCGACGACGCGCGCGCCCACCCGCACCGCCGCCUUCAAGCACAGGCCGCCGCCGCCGUCGCAGGGGCUGGCUCGCUAAGCUAA